ACGACACGCACAUACAAUCUACGCGGACUUCACUCCUGGAUUCGCUCCUGGCUGUCACCGAAUCCGUUUUCCGUUGAGAAUUGUAUCCGGAACGGACGCAGACUUCAAUGGCGAUUGCCUUAUCAAGCCGGAAUGGAGGGUGUACCAAACGCGAAUGCAGAUGGCCAGCAACAACAAGAUACAUCGAAACGUCAAAGAAUCGCAACCAACGCUCAUCAGAGCAAUCAGUGUUUUUCUAUCGUCCACAUCCUGUUUCAGCAACAAGUUGGUCAUUAUGUCGAUGAUUUCACGACAAAUUAUCGCAAGGACAAAUGUCGCAAGCUGACAAUCGUCCUCGGCCCGAUCGAAAACACACUACAAUUGAAUCAUUGUGAAGAUUGUCUCAUCAUUUCCGCCUGUCGCCGAGCUGUUCUCGUCGGUUGUCGUCGUUGUACUCUUCAUCUAUGCAUCCAAUCACGCCCGGUUCUGAUUCAGCCACCUUUGCCCAGUGUCAAUACCGCUGCUGCCAGUACCGCCUCGACAGGUGUGACCGGAUCCGGUGGAUCAAGUGCUCCUUCACAGACAUCCAGUGCACCAGGUACGCCAACUCCGGCAGCCGCUGUGACACAACUGGGAAACGAAGAAAUCCUUCUGGCACCGUAUCAUACUACAUAUCUGAAGUUGGUGGAUCACAUGAUCCGAGUGAAUUUGAGUGCCAAAGUCAAUUAUUGGGACAAACCGUUUUUGUUGGGUGAGUUCCUGUCUCUAACUUAA